ACUCCGUCGGAAUCGUCUACGGCCAAUUUGGCCCAUCACUCUGCUAGUCCGUCUCUGUCAAAUAAGAGGCCUUUCUCCGCUGGAGCUGCGCCUCAGGAUGGCGAUGCAGAUGCGACAAUAUCCGGUGCUGCCGCGCUAAAAGAUCAUCUCCGCGAGAGCUUAGGGGCAGCGUCGAGAGGACGUCGCCAAACAGUGCCCGCGCAGCGCGGACGAUCGGAAAACACUCUUGGUCGCCGAAUCACUCGAGCUGCAGCUGACAGUGGACCUGGGAACGCAAAUCCCGGUGGCAGUGAUACCUUUCGCCCGGCAUCGGCGGAGUCUGGGGACGACAUGGGCAACAGUGGCGCCGGACCAUCGCGAUGGGAUCCUCGAAAAGUCCGCUCCAACAACAACCCCGCUUCGUAUGACAGUCGAUUUGCGGCACACGCGAGUCCCAAACAGGACAAACUUCGCCCCAAGCGGCCACGCGAAUCGACGGGAAGUCUGAACAAUGGUCAGAAACCAGCGGGAGGAGUCUCUGCGGUAGCCGGAGGUACUGAAUCACAUGGGAUCUUCCUGCAACCAGAAACUCAUCCUAUAACAGAAGAGCAAUUGAUCAAUGAAGUCCGAGGAAUCUACGCCGGGUUAGUCAUGGUGGAAAAGAAGUGUAUCGAAAUCGACAAGCAACAAUCGGAAUCGAAGAGCGAUCUUUCCUCCAUGCAAUGGCAAGCUUUGAUUGCCCUACACCGGACAUUACUCCACGAGCAUCACGACUUCUUCUUGGCCUCGCAACAUCCCUCGGCCAGCCCAGUGCUGAGACGCCUUUCCGAGAAAUACUCGAUGCCGGCUCGCAUGUGGCGCUACGGGAUUCACUCCUUCCUCGAACUGCUGCGCCAUCGUCUUCCUGAUUCUCUAGAACACAUGCUAACAUUCAUAUAUCUUGCAUACUCUAUGAUGACAUUGCUUUUGGAGAGCGUUCCUGCUUUUGAAGAGACGUGGAUAGAAUGUCUUGGUGAUUUAGCAAGGUAUCGCAUGGCAGUGGAAGAGGCGGACCUGCGAGACCGUGAGGUCUGGGCAGGAGUGGCUAGAUAUUGGUAUAACAAGGCAGCAGAUAAAAACCCUGACGUUGGCAGGAUUCAACACCAUCUCGCGGUUCUGGCUCGACCGGAUAUGGUUCAACAACUCUUCUAUUACACAAAGUCGCUGGUCAGUGUGCACUCGUUUCCUAGCGCGGGAGAAAGUAUUCUUCUUUUGUUCAAUCCAUUCCUGAAUGGAGUCAAAACAUAUCACCAGCACCCAGUAGUGACGAAAUUUGUUGGUGCUCACGGCCAUCUGUUUACCCGAGGACCCACGGAUCAAUUUUUUGCAUUAGCAAAGGAGUAUAUCUCCCAUCUGGAGAAAUACAUCGGUCGAGUUGGUGCCGCUUUCCGAUCACAAGGGGUCUACAUGGCAUCGUGCAAUUUCGCAGCCAUGUUCCAAUACGGACGCACCGAUUCUCUGAUGUCCGCCGAAUUCAAGCAAAAUACGGUGCAGCAGCGGUCACAGCUCAUCGAAGGAGUUUAUUCAUACGCAUCAGAGAACUGGACAUCCGUCGACGACCCGGAGACAGUCAAGGUUGAUUUCCUUGCCCUUAGGAGCUCUCAAAGUACAUCACAACUAAUCUUCUACGGGGCCUGCUUGACUGGUCGAACGUUUUCAGCGAUGUUGGAUGAAGUCGGGGACAAAAAUGUUUACCCGAGUCUGCAUAGUGGUCUGGCGUUUAUUUGGUGUUUAGCUUUGAACCGGACCAGCAUCAGGUUCAUUGAAGCUGUGAUGCCGUGGAGGAAAAUUGCCAAUUUUCUUAAGACAAUGAUUCGUGAUGACACAGAUACCAGGAUAAUGGAAAGUGAGGAUUUCCCCAUUGUUGAGGAAGGGAAGCAAAUGCCCGAGGACUUUCUCAUCCGGGGUCAGAGAUGGAGUCAAAAUUACUACCCUGCAAACUUUUUCGAUGACUCUCCGUCGGAGGAUGAAGGGCGCUCGAUUGAGGUUCCGUCUCUGAAUGUUUCAAGGGCGUAUCGAUGUCUCUGGCUUGGAGCACGGAUUGCCAAAUUCAACCGUUGGUUCACAUAUGAAUCUGCUUCGAAGAGAUUUUCGACAACGCCCUUUGCCUCGGUGCUGGAGGAGUUUUCUGAACAACAUAACCCUUUCUAUACUAAAGAGGUUGAGAUGCAAGACCCAGCCAACACUGACGUGGAAAUGCAAAAUGUUUGA